UUCAAUAUCUGUUGGAAGAAAGAGAAAGAAAUGGUAUUACCAGCACGUGUAUCACAUAAAGCCAACAGAGUCUCAUACCAUUAUCACAAUAUCUUUGUGAUAUGCUUAUUGUCAUUUACAUUAUUUACUGUAUUAAUCUCAGUGUAUUAUAUUUUUAAAUUUGGUAAUACACAGAAACAUUCCGAACAUAUUCCUAUAACUCUAAAUGAUAUAAAUACAUUGCCCAUUCAAACAUUACCUGCUGACUCGAGUACUGCAGAUGCAACCAAUUCUUCCUGUACAUAUUUCACUUGUUUCAACGUUUACCGAUGUGGCAGCCAGGGGAAUAAACUUCUGGUAUAUGUCUAUCCACUCAAGAUAUACUUAGAUUCUAUGGGUAGAUCGAUAACUGGACAGAUGACGAAAGAAUUCUAUCAAAUUGUGAAUGCUAUUAUCAGUAGUAAAUUUUAUACUCCUAAUCCAUACGAAGCUUGUAUUUUUAUUCCUUCCAUCGAUACUCUCAAUCAGAAUAGAUUGAGAUUGCAAGAAGUCUCUCAGGCAUUAAGAACAUUACCUUUCUGGAACAAAGGAAAGAAUCAUUUAAUCUUUAACAUGGUGCCUGGCACUGUACCAGACUAUAACACUAUCAUUGAUGUACCAGUAGGAAGAGCAAUGAUUGCAGGUGCUGGAAUGUCAUCAUUGACAUACAGACCUAGCUUUGACAUUAGUUUACCAGUGUACAGUCCACUUGUAAAUAAUCUGAAAACGAAUCAUAGUAAUAUGAGAAUAUGGCUGGUAAUAUCUUCACAAAUCAACAUUAAUAAUGCUUUUGAACAAGAUUUAAUAGAAAUAAAGACAACAUAUCCAAAAGAUAUUUUAAUACUAGGUCCAUGUUUGCAUUUUAAUCCAAUGAAUAAUACAAUACGUUGUGUAGGAGAGAAUAUAUACAAGUAUCCUGAUAGUCUGCAAACAUCGAUGUUUUGUUUGAUAAUCCGUGGUGCUAGGCUUGCCCAAAGUGCGCUUUUGGAUGCAAUGGCUGCUGGUUGUAUACCUGUGAUUAUAGCUGAUUCUCUAAUGAUGCCAUUUCAUGAUGUAAUCGACUGGACCAAGGCUGCUGUUUUUAUACGUGAAGUUGACAUUUUAUUGACAAUACAACUGUUAAAAAAGAUAUCUCCUCAACGUAUUAUGGACAUGCAAGAACAGAAUGCAUGGCUUUACGAUCGUUAUUUUAGUUCAAUGGAGAAGAUUACUGAAACUACAUUAGAAAUACUUGCAGAUCGUGUAUUUCCACAUUUAACACGAGAUUAUACAUAUUGGAAUGUACCAUCCUAUAAGGGAAAGCCUUCACCACUCUUUUUGCCAGUAACUGCUCCUAAAACGCGUGGCUUCACUGCCGUAAUAUUAACGUAUGAUAGAUUGGAGUUAUUGUUCUUAUUAAUUAAUAAACUUGUGAAGGUACCGAGCUUAUCCAAAGUUCUAGUAAUUUGGAAUAAUCAGCAUAAAGAUCCACCAUACUCUACUAGAUGGCCAAAAGUUAGUAAGCCAUUAAAAGUAAUACAAACGAAAGAAAAUAAAUUGUCUAAUCGAUUUUAUCCAUAUGAUGAGAUUGAAACCGAAGCAGUAUUAUCAAUAGAUGAUGAUAUUAUUAUGUUGACUGCUGAUGAAGUAGAAUUUGCUUAUGAGGUAUGGAGAGAAUUUCCAGAUAGAAUCGUUGGAUUUCCAUCUCGCUUACACAUGUGGGAUAAUGGUACUAAUUGUUGGAAGUAUGAAAGUGAAUGGACGAAUAGUAUUUCCAUGGUAUUAACAGGGGCAGCUUUUCAUCAUAAAUAUUGGAAUUACAUGUAUACUACAGCCAUGCCUGGAGACAUAAAGGAAUGGGUCGAUGAACACAUGAAUUGCGAGGACAUCGCAAUGAAUUUUUUGGUAGCGAAUAUUACUGGAAAAGCUCCGUUAAAGGUGACACCAAAGAAAAAAUUCCGAUGUCCCGAGUGCACCAAUACUGAAAUGUUAUCCGCGGAUUUGACGCAUAUGGUGGAACGUACACAGUGUAUAAACAAAUUUUCUUCUAUUUAUGGAACUAUGCCGUUGGAAUCAAUUGAAUUUCGUGCAGAUCCGGUACUCUUUAAAGAUGUGUUUCCAGAGAAAUUAAAACGAUUUAACGAUAUAGGCAGUUUAUAA